UGGAUUUCUUAUAAAUAGUAUGCAUUCUCUUCUCAGUAUCGCAAGAAAGAAAUCAUGAUUGAUAAAAUAAUUCUCAUCACCAUCAUCAUUGCUGUUGUUG